UUAUUUUUCAACAUGGAUAAUAUAGAAAAUACCAAGAACAUAAAUACCUUAUUUAUGACGGCGUACACAUUGAAAGAAUUCUUUAAUGGGAAUAAUUAUUAUGUAUUUUGGAACAUCAUGUAAUUAUAGCAACUAAUUUCUUAAUACUAUCGUAAAUAUUAUUUGUUCUUCUUAAACAGGUAGACGAAAAAGCGCCUAUAGAAUCGAUGGAAUUCGACAGGAUCAGCACAGUCGGUUCUUACGCUGAAAAUAUUGAACGAAAAUCUGAUAGUUUCUCAACGACAGGUGUCUGUGUCAUUCCGCGCGAGCUCUUAGCUGUGGAGACAUUAUAAUGCGAACGCUGUAUGUUCAUUUGUAGAAUAACCUAAUAGAAUAUCUUACACAAUGAAAUUGCCGUGACAGCGCGCGGAUAUUGGAAUACAUUUUAGUGAUCACAUUAUAAUGGAUAUCUUCAAACCAAUUGUUCUAGAUAAUCACAUCCAUUGAGGAGGAUUAAAACCCGCAUUCAUAGGGCUAAUCUCCUGAAAAGAAAAUUAAUAGGAUAUUUUAUCCGGAUUGCGUCAGGAAAACGCGAAGCACUAAAACUUUAACAGGAUAUUAAUUCUGGUAGCUGACAUUCAUUACCACAAAAGGCAUCGUUCAAGAUGGAUGUACGAAUUUUCUGAGGACAAUGUUUCCCUUUAAUGGAAAUACAUUUUCUGGAAUUUCAGUACCAAGGGCACGAUUUGGCCGAAGUAGCGGAAAAGGACCAAUAUUUGAGCAUUUGUUACCUACAACAAUUAAAGCGACCACACGUGAGAAAAGUGCGGAUGUCUUCGAUGUGAAAGACAAUUUAAAUAUGGAUACAAAACUUGGCAAUGGAGUGGAAUUUACGGGAAAUUUGGACAGCAAUUUCGCUGCAAAUGUUGAAUCGGCGGGAAUAACAUUAGACUUGUUAUCAAAUACAUCGAAUAAUUUUUCCGCAUAUACGGAAACGACGGACUCUGGUUUGAACCAGAGUUCUUGGUUUGGCUGUGAUAUUUUCAACGACAGUUCUUGUUGGAAUACGACGUUGACCGAGGAGGAAGGCUAUCCUGAGCAUGCAUACUGGACGCUGUGCUUAGUUUUGUUCCCUGUGUUCACAGUGUUUGGUAAUAUUCUCGUGGUUCUAAGCGUGUAUAGGGAGCGAAGUCUGCGCCAUGUUACAAACUAUUUUAUAUGUUCGUUAGCCGUUGCGGAUAUUCUUGUCGCUGUGAUUGUAAUGCCACCAGCGGUGUUCAUGGAGGUAACAAAAUAUUGGAGUCUAAGUGACGAACUUUGUGAUGCUUGGGUUGCUUUUGACGUUAUGGCUUGCACUGCAUCAAUUCUAAAUCUUACCGCCAUAAGUGUUGACAGAUUCAUUGCCGUAACCCAACCUAUAAAAUAUGCCAAACACAAGAAUUCAAAAAGAGUGCACGUGAUGCUCGCACUCACGUGGGUGGUAUCCGUAGCAAUUGCGGCACCGAUAGCACUUGGAGUUAACUAUUCUGACGCACGGGUACCGGGAUCAUGUAGCUUCUUUAACUCGGAUUUCUUAAUUUAUUCGUCCAUGGGCUCGUUUUAUAUUCCUUCACUAAUAAUGAUUUUUCUAUAUUGGAGGAUUUAUAGAGUUUUAAGACUAAGAGCUAGGCGAUCAUUAGCGCAUAAGAAAGCUAGGUCAAUAGAUACGCAAACAUUGACUAAUGUAAUAGAAAAUCAAGCGGUUAACGAGCCAACUGUCAAAACAGGUCUUGCCACAAUGGACAAUGGAAAAGUGUCUAGUUAUAAUACUACUGCAAAUAAUUUUGACAAAUCUAAUCAUAGAGAAGUUCAUGAAACUCAUAUAGACGAUCCGUCAACCUCCAACCCUCCAACGGAUUCCCAAGAACGGGACGAAGACGAGGAAAGUGAUUCUAAAAGUCCUGUUCAUUUACCUGCAGAAGGGGAACUAAUCGUUAACCCUGUUGCUGAAGACAUUGAACGACAGGAACAAUUAUCAUGUAAGAAAAUUGAGCCUGUACCGGUUAUAUCACUUCCAGAGGUUGAAGAAACAAAUUUUGUUUCUAAAGACGGUAAAACUGUCAAUCACGAUAACAAAGAUGACAGCAGUAGUGGAGAGAAAACUAGCUCCGACGGAAAAGGUCGUCGGAAGAAAGACAAAAAGAAUAUGACAAAAUUUAAUUUUCACAUGAGAACUAGUCGGAAACGGAAGGAGAAAUCUUCUUCUAGAAGAGAAAGAAAAGCAACAAAAACCUUAGCCAUUGUAUUAGGUGUGUUUCUGCUCUGCUGGUGGCCUUUUUUCACAGUGAACAUUAUGCGAGCAAUAUGUCUCCGAUAUCAAGUGUUAAAUUAUCCAUCCUGCGACAUUGACCCUUAUCUAAUGGGAUUUUUUGUUUGGUUGGGCUAUAUCAACAGUUUCUUGAAUCCUUUAAUUUAUACCAUAUUUAACCCGGAAUUCAGGAAGGCUUUCAAGAAAAUACUCAGCGACCCUUUAAAAAAGAGGUAUUGAAAAAGGUGGCUAACAAUUUAGAAUCAAAUCCGUUACAUUCAUUAUGCGACAAUACUUUAGAAACAUGACGCAGUUCGAAAAAUUUGGACACAUGUCAAUUGUUGACAUUUUGGAUACAUGCCAAAAUUUGACGAUCUGGAAACAUGCCAAGUAUAUAUAGAACAAAGAGAAAUUCAAACAUUUUGAGCCAUAUUUGGCAAAGGAGCAUGUGAAUGAAAGUUGUUUCUAAGAUCAGAUCUCUUGCGUGAUUGGUGAAAACUGUGAUUAAUGUGUUUUAUAGUUAUUUCUUCUAAUCAUAAUUAUUCUAAAAUAGAAUGAUUUAUUUGGAAUUCAAAAUUUAAAAGAAAGAUUUCCAUUUACAAUAUGAGACAAUUCACAUUUGAGCUUCAUAUGUUGUACAUGCAUAUCAUUUGCAUCUUUUUUCAUUGUCGGUUGCAGCAAUAAGAUACAUGUUGCUGUUGUUAGGUCCUUCGAUUCUAGUUUCAGUAUAAUGAAAUAUAUUGUUUUCUUUUAAAUUUUAUGUCCGAUCUCAUAGUCAAAUAAUUUUGAAAAUCAAUUGUGAUAAAGGCAAAGCAUAAUUAAAUAUAUGAUAAUCUCACGUAAGUGCAUCAUAUAUCCAGGCGGCUUAUUUUUUAUAUCAGACUAAAGUUUAUGAAACUUAAGCAUUAACUUUAUAUGUCCAUGUCUACAUUAUUUUAAACGAAUUUCGUUUUUAGGUCCUUACCGUGCCAAGACACAUUGAUUUUAUUAUUUAAAACAUUGCAAAUCUGAUUUAAGGUUUUUACGUAACAUAUAUUUCUAUCUCAAAAAAUAUUUUUCCAGAGAAAUUAAUUAAACGUGUUAGACAGCAUUUUUAUUGCAGCAGUUGCCAAAAUUAAGGAAAGAGGCGGCUUCAAUAUAUGGCUUUUAUAGAAAUGAGCACGGUAUUGUUAACGAUCAAAUGUUUGGAUAGAUUUCUGAUUUGAUGUGCCAAGACUUAAUGAAAAAUCAUAAAAUAUUAAUCUGAUUGCCCCCAGGCACGUAUCUUAGAUUCUUACAAAGUGCUUGUUUUAUUGGUACGGAAGCAGCUUUAUCUUUCUAUCGUUUUUAACGUCAAUGUUUUUGGAUCGUAAAGCUCGCUGGAUACAUGUAACAAUAAGAGAAAAGCUGCAAUAGGAGACAAUGAGGUUGUCUUAGGUCGUUAAAAGCUUUUAUUCUACCAAAACACAUUGUGUCUUUGUCACGUACAAUGGUGUAUUAACAGAAGAAUACAUGGGGUUUUCUUCACUUUUAUCUCCGAGUUUAUCAUUUUGUUAUGUACUUUCCGAUUAUGGAAUAUUCUACAAUCGAUUAUAAUAUAUGUUAACACGUGACAUUUUCGAGUAAUGGAACAUGAUUUUAUACAUCUAUUAUCGGUUUGCCGCACUGAAAUCAUAUGUUCAUUUUAGAUACUAAACAUACAGUACCUGAUGUAACUACAUAUUAAAAGCAUGAUGUGGGUAAAUAACAUUUUUUAUAUUGUGUUUAUUGAUAACAAAAAGUAUAUGUUUUUGUGAAGCAUUGUAUUUUGUCCGCUUUUUUGGUGACGACAAUCCAAAAGACUGGAUAUUGAGAGGAAAUUACGUUAAACUUUAUUUAAUAAGAAAUGUAACAUAGUAAUAGUUUUCUUUGUUUGCCAAAAUAUUUAUCGUGUCUGGAAUAAUUUAGAAAAUAUUUGCGAGAUAAAUAGUUUUCAUGUUUUCUCAGCUUAAUUAUAUGCAACAAUAUCAAAUUUCUAAGCAAACAGCAGAUUAUAUCAUAUACCCCCGGUGUGUUCUAAAGUAUAGGUCCUAUUCGGAAUACUGGACGAUUUAAUAUGUGAUAUUUACCACAAAGGAGACAUCUUUUAUGUUAUUUAAGGCACAAAGUAGCAUUAAGUCUACAUGUUUAAAUUGUUAUACCGCAUAUACCAUCAAAAUCAAAUGUAUUUGGUAGAGAAUAAUAUGAGUUACCUAAAUAAUGUAUUGUAAUCGAGCUAGAGUCAACGCCAAUAUUUUCUUUUAAACGUAAAUGCACAUUAUGCCUCAGAAAUGCAUUUUUUUUCUUUCUGAAGAAAGGACCAACACGAUCUUUAUACUGUUUAAAUGAUGAUUACAUAAAGAUCUUGUUAGAUGCUCAACACCUGGAGAAUGUAGCACUUAAUCUUCAAAAUUUGUCGUAAGGUAGCAAAAAGUAAAAAAGGUAUUAUUUUGAUUAUCGUACAAAGCACUUUAUUACUAUAAAUACAUUUAUUGACAAAAGGCACCAGGAGUAAAAGACGGUUCAAAGAAAUUGGCAAAUGAGUAAUUUUUAGGAACAAAAAUUGAAAGCUUUUCAGAAAUAAAAAUAAAAGAACUACUGGAGAAUAAUUUGCCUUUUAUUAAAAAAUGGCGAAGGUAAAUUUCAUAUGUAUUACUAUUGCAUAUUGUCUUUUUAGAAACUUCACUUGACUCUUUAAAGUUAUGUUAGUAUUAUAAUAUAACUGUCAUGUUAACAGAAGGUAGAAUUGAUUGAAAGGUAAUUACUUAAAUUGGACAAAUGACGCAGAAUAUACGAUGCUUUGUAUUUAGAUUGUUAUAUUAAAGCAAUACAUGUAAUAUUCUAGUAUAAUGUAUUAAAAUAGUUUAGGGUCAUUUUCAAUUACAUGUAUUAUUGAAUAUAGCAUGUAGACAUUUAGCAGCGAUAAUGUCAGUUGACGCCAUGUUUGUUCCCUCUUUAUACUUUAUGACCAUAAAGAUUAAUAAAUUACAAUUGUCAACAAUAAAACAAUUUUUUUUAAAUGGUUAUAUGAACGUUUCUACUGCUAUUAAACACUGUUGUCUUACAUUUUUUCAUCAAUAAGUAUCAUUUGUAGAUUCCAAUAUUUAAACACUUUGAAGUAAAUGUAUUUAAUAUAAUCUAUACACCUGUUUAUUAUAGCAGUAGGUAUUUUGAGUAUUUAUCUUUUUAGUGCAUCUUAAUCCAUGAAAAUUAUACAAGUACACGGAACUUUGUGAUCUAGUUUAUUUUGAUUAUAUUUUAAUCCUUUUUUAAUUGAGACAGACAUAUCAUGAUGAUUAUUCCUUACAAAACACUGCUAAUUACGAACUAUUUUCAAUAUUCAUACGCAUGUUUUGUAUUAUAGAAAACACUGACAAUUAUCAUUUAUGUGUGGGUGUAUAAAAUAAAUGCAUUGAAGUAGUAGUAAACCUAGUACAGACAAAUGUUAGAUAAAUACAGUAUGAAUUAAUUGUAUAUAAAUUGAAUUGUUAUUAAAUGUACUGUAUGUAAAUACAUGAGAAAUAAAAUGUUAACAUAAA